AUGCUUUAUCUAGCAGUCGCAGUGCUCUUUCUACUUGGCAUCGCAUUCAUAGUUGCAACACUGCAACAUCGGACGGCAUCACGACUGCCGCCUGGUCCGAAGGCCUUGCCUAUCAUCGGCAAUUUCUUUGACCUACCACCAGCCAACACUUGUCUCUGGGACUUUUGGCUGAGACAUGCACCUAUCUAUGGUCCAAUAAGCUACUUGUCUGUCUUCGGCGAUGAGAUGGUCAUUCUGAACAACCUUUCUACGGCGACUGAGCUACUGGAGAAGCAGUCAUCGAUCAGCGCUGAUCGAUUCCAACAGGUCUUCUUUAGUCAAAUGUGCGGUUGGGGUGGGCUGUUCGGCUUCCUGCCAGUUGGUCGAAGCUGGAAAGUAGGAAGGAGACUGUUCCAUUCGACCAUCGGCACGCCUCAAAACGUAGCUCGCUUCGUCCCUAUUCAAGACAGCGAGACUCACCGGUUCCUCGCGCGAGUCCUCAAAGAUCCGGACCAUCUCUUCCAGCAUGUCAGAGCAGAGGCCGCUGCCAUCAUCUUACGGAUGACCUACGGCUACACCAUCCAUUCCAUCCCACCGGAUCCUCUUACCACGGUCGUAGACGAAGCUUUCCGGCAGGCUGGUCAUGCUGGUCAACCUGGUGUCUGGCUUGUAGAUCUGGUGCCUGCCCUGAAAUACCUGCCGGACUGGUGCCCUGGCACGUCUUUCAGAAAGACUGCGAAGCCUGCUGCUUUCGUCAAGCAGCAGAUGAGAACUAACAGCCAUGAACGUUCGUUCUUAUCGACCGUGUACGAGCAGGCUGCCGAUAACAUGAGUGCUGAGGAUGAGACGAUCGCUUUGUGGACUGCUGGAUCGUUGUAUGCGGGAGCUGCAGAUACGACCGUCAGUACGCUCUACGCCUUCUUCGUGCUGAUGGCUAUACAUCCCGAGAUACAGCAGCGAGCUCAGACCGAAAUCGACGAAGCCGUGGGAACUCAGCAAUUACCUGGCAUCAACGAUCGUCAGAACUUGCCAUAUGUCGAAGCUUUGAUCAAGGAGACCCUUCGUUGGCAUCCUGUGGCGCCAACAGGGAUUCCACAUCUGAUGACUGCAAACGGGACUUGUGCAGGCUGCGAUAUUCCGAAAGGAGCCAAUGUUAUCGCCAAUCUUUGGGCUAUCGGACGAGAUCCUGACGUCUACACUGAUGCAAAUACCUUCUACCGGGACCGCUUUCUGGGCCCGUCUCCAGAGACAGAUCCACGGUCUUUCGUCUUUGGCUUCGGGAGACGUAUUUGCCCUGGGAAAUUAAUGGCUGACCAGACUCUGUUCCUCACGAUCUCGCGGGCACUGGCUGUCUUUAACAUUUGCAAGGCGAUUGAUGACGAUGGCGUAGUCAUUGAGACCCUCCUCGAAUUCGAGCCUGGGCUUGUGAGUCAGCCGAAAGCGGUCCAGCUUGACAUCAAGGCGAGGAGUCCGGGGCAUGAAGCGCUUAUCAGGGAGGUGGAAGUAUUGCAUCCUUGGCAGAAGAGUCAUGCUGAGGAACUGAGGGGCAUUACGAGCUGGUGA